AUGGACUUCGAGCGCGUCAUCUUCCGGGUGCACGCGGCCGCAUUAGGACCUUUAGAGAGAAACGAGGAGCGCUGCCGCGUGAAGCCGCGCGAGGCGUGUCGGGCGUGCUCCGAAUGUUUGUUAGUGGUGGCGGUGGGACUACUCCUCGUGACGACCGCUUUACACGCGACGCUGGGCACGGACCGCUGCCUCGCGCCUCGACUGAAAGAACGAUUAGGCAGAUACGACAACGGUUCUUACGUGGAUUGGCGCCUCCCGAGAGACGCGGUCGUCAAAAUCCGUUUAGUGAACGAGCUCCCCGACGACGACGACCUUUUUGUGGGGGAGAACGGCGUGGCGCCGCAGCGCCACGAUGAUGAUGAUGGGAUCCCGGGCGACUUCCGGCGGCUGGGCGAGUGCCCUUUGCUCAAACCGGCCCCUUCUUCCGAAUGCGAUGGUGUCUUGAACUGCGACGCGCGCAUGGCCCCGGAUACUGUCUGUGGAGGCGACGAUAAGUGCGGCACCGUUGCCAACGGCUGCUACAAAGUGCAGCACGCGCACCACACGCCCGCACCUUCACCAUUUAGAUGGCGCGUGCCAAGCGGCGACUACACGCUGGCCAGGGACCUCCACCUCCUAGCUUUAAAUGAUGCAUUCCUGGCGGAGCACCGCGUGCGCGCGUACAACGUCUCUGUCUCGAUGCGAUGUCUAGAUGCGGCAAGUGCCCUCGCAAGUGUCUUCCACCGCUACGUGCUGGGCUACGACACGCCGCUCGCGAACCAGGCCAUGGAGACCCUCGGUAGUAGUGGUGCAUUACGAAACGACAACACAAACAUAAUUACAAGGUGGCGCCGCUCCGACGCGCGACGACGGCGCCUGUCCCAGCGCUUGGGUGCCGAGGCGGCGUUUAAGUGGUUGCUGCGGCGCGCUGGCGUCGCGGUGACGUCACUACUCGCUUUAUUUUUAUUAUCGACCGUAACAGCUGCCGUGUUACGUGUUCUGGUGGCCUCAGGAGUCUGCGGCGCCUUCGCGUUGUGGUAUUUACUGUCCAGCACUAGAUUCGCGCAACGACUCGAUUUCCAAGCACUAGCGCGCGCGUAUCCGUGGCUCGGAGCUGUGUGGCAAGCAACCAGACGCCUUCACGCCGUCGACGCGACUCGUGACGCCGUCGACGCGACUCGUGGCCAUCUCACGAGGUCGUGGGUCGUUUCUUUUUUGCUGAAGAGGCCGUUCGGACCGCGUCGGGGCCGGGUGCCGCGCGCGACGGGUGAAAGUUUGAGAACGGUGGUGUCGGGUGGUGUGCGUCGGCGGGGCGCGGUCGGGGGACUCCGGACGUCGCGCCGACGGCGUUGGUGCGUCUUGGGACGCCUCGAGCCGCCGCGCCUUCGGCGGCCGCCGUCGCGGCGUCGUCCGCCGCCCGCCACGCCGUCGACGGAACGCCUGCUCGAUGGCGUGGCCCGUGUCGGUUCCUUGCCGCUCGACGGAGCCAGCACGUUCGCGUUUUCGCCGAGAAUGGACUUCGUGAAGAAUUGUCGGGUGCACCCGACACACUGGAGCAUCGCUGUCUCUCGACGCGGUCCGAACGGCCCCAAACUCGAAAAUGAAACCACCCACGACCUCGUCUGACGGACACGAGUCGCGUCGAUGGCGUGGAGGACGACGCGGCGAUUCAGCACGAACGCGCCGUAAAAUUUUGAUUUCCACACAGGUUGGGAGCACCGCUGGAACUCCUACGAGCCCAAGGCCGCGAGGGCACGUCACUCCUAUGCGCCCACGCCGUUCGCGUCGUCGUAGCCUACGCGUUGUAUGAAGCGGCGCAGUUCGCGUUCGCAAGGUGGCUCUACUCUCCACCUUUACCACCAGCAUUGGGAUUGUGCUGCUUCGGCCUCAUGCUCGGCUGGGAGUACGCGACGCUGGCCCACUGCCGCUCGGCCGCAUCCAUCGCGUUCCUGCCAAAACUCAAUGCACUGUAUUUCUUGGCAUGUCACGGGACGUUUUAUGCUGUCAGUAGACCGUACGCUCUCCUGAACUGCGGCGUCGCGGCUUUAUUUAUGUGUCAUGCUACGCUAUACUGCAUCCUGGAGCUGGAGUUACCUGCCUUGGUGCGCGGCGACAUCGACGCCACAACACCACGCGCGCGACGGACGGAGCUCCCGUGGCCGGCGCUCGACGCGAUGCUGCCGCCGACGUGGUCGUUGUACAUGCCUCUGGUGCCGAACGACGACGACCAGUUCCCCGAGGAAGAGGACAUGCCGGCGGAACUGCCGCGGCCACCUCCUCCUGCCGAGGAUGAGGACGACGGUGUGGAGCUCGUGGACUUAAAUAGGGCGCCGGCGCCGGCCGUCGCCACUACUGAGUAAUUGUAUUUG